AUGGACGGAAAUUUAGAAAUUUCGAUCGACAAGCUCCCGGUCAAGCGCCUGGAGGCCAUCGAGGAAAAUGGCGCCGAGCGCUUUCCGACUGAUGUUGGGUACGACGAGAAGCGAGUUUCUCUGAUUCGGAGGAUAGAUUUUGCGUGGGCGUUGGAGAGAGAGGAAGAUGACGACGAGAGGAAGAAGAAGCAGAAGAAGAGUUCCAAGGAGAGCACCUCGGGGACGCAAUGGCCAUGGCAGGGGAUGGUGGAGAACUUGCAGUUGGCUCACCAGGAGCUCUCUGUCAUUAUCGAUCUCAUCAACACUUUGGAAGCUAAUGAUGCUGUAACAGUUGCUAGUAUGAGUAGACCAAAACCGUUAGCUGAGGAGCAGCUGGCUGAUCAUGCUGUUUCCACUGCAACCAAGCUACAAUGCUACCGGCAACUUGGCAAAUACUUUAAGCAGUCUGCCAAAGCUUUGGAUCUGCAAGUGGCCAGAGAAGCAAGAUUUUAUGGUGCUUUGAUCAGAUUGCAGCAGAACUGGAAAGUUAAACGCCAGAGACUGGCUGCACUUGCCCCGGCCAAUGAAGGGUUCACAUUUGACCUGUACGACAACUCAUUAUACGACCCGACAGCUGUUCGACCGACCUCUCUUUGUACCAUUCGGAUUGAACACGACCCAGCUGGCAUGCUUGCCAUAAAUUUGCCUCCAAAGUCUCUUCAUUCUCUUCACUUUGGGUUUCUAGGUUUAGACUCCAAUAAAAGUCGUAGUAAGACAGCCAGUAAAAUCAGAACCAAUUCGUCAAUUGAGCAUAUAUCAAAAGGAACCGAGAAAGAAUCUCUAGAUGAUAAUGGAAGUGUGAAAGUAACACAUUCCCUGCUCCGUGAAGUUCAUCAAGCAAUCUUUGACGAGCAGGUAUUUGAUAUAGUGAACCGUGAAGCAGUUAACCAAUCUUUAGGAGUCAACAUUACUGGAAUCCGAGAAAACUAUCUACAACUGAGCAUUGGUCCAGGAACCUCUGUGUUUGUAUCCGUUACUCCUUGUGACCAGGAUGAAUCAACAACUGUCGAUGGUAGAAUCCCCCAGGAUUUGGAAUCUGCAACCUUACCUCUGGAUUCAGUGGAGGAUGAAAACAUUAUGAAGCACUUGGGCUUUCCCAAUUCUACUAGUUAUGAAAUAUUCCUUCGCCAGAUAUUUCAUGAGAAUGUUCUCAUAAAAGCAAAGGAGAAACCCGUUUCUACAGGCACUCGCGUACCUACACCCCGAGUGAAGGAUGGGCCCAGUCUUCUUGGUCACUUCUGCUUAUCUCUGGCUCAUAGAAUACUUUCAAACAAAGUUCUUAUGGAGCUAGAAAAAGUGGUUUGCAGAGUCCCGUAUCUCCAUUUGAUAUCUCAUCCCACUUGGCAUUCCAGGUCAUCUUCCUGGACAAUCUUGAUGAGAGUACCACCAACCAUUCUCAAUGCCAAUUCUCAAUCACAGUCCUCGGACAUCCAAGGCAUGAAGAAUACUGUUAUUAAAUCAGAGUUCCGGAACAAGGUUAUGGUGAACGAUGAUCACAUCCACAUCGAAGCAGAAGGUGCUCCCAACGUUGUUGGCCUCUUCAACGGAAGUUCUAAAGACAGAUGCGUGACCAACAAAUAUGAUUGUGAUUUGGUCGAUCUUCCCGUCACAAUUCUACAGCAGGUUGCAAGCCAGGUUAUCCGUUGGCUGCACGAGGAGGCUCUCGGGGUGGGCAUGAAGGCAAGUCGGGAUUUCCUGUGCUUGUCUUUCGAGCUGGAUCAAGGCGAGCUACUCAGCCUGGUGGCCCACGUAGACCCAGAAGACACUCAGGGAUGCAUAUCUUGGUGGCUGGUCAUGGAUGAAAGCUUUGCAGAAGAGAGGAAACUCUAUGCCGAUGCUGAUGUAGAUGGAUCGUCCGAUUACCGGAAGUUCUUGGGGUAUCUUACCUUGGAUGUGUUGUAUUCAACCCUGAUGGAUCUAGUCAGUUUAUGCAGCGGCGGCGGAGGCCGUGGAGGCCGUUGA